UGGGCGGAGCUCUGGAGCCGCGGAGUAGACGCGCAAGUCUUUUGUUAUUCAUGUGCGAAGAAAAGUUUGCAGCAGUGCCCGGAUAUAGGAAUAUACACUAGGAGAAUUUAAAGACUCGAGCUGGAUCACUUUAAGGUGUUGUUGAAAGGUUUUCGAGUAUUUAUCACUGAUCAGAGAUCUGCGUGUGUAGUUUACAUGACUGGAUGUGUCCCAACACGAGUCAAUGAUUCAUUAUUUACUGACUGAUGUGAAGUCAGUGUACUGCAUCGGGACGCAAAGGGAUUUACAGUGGUGUGGUUCAUAUAAAGCCAAAUCCUGCUGGAGGGGAUCAUAUGUACCUGUAACACCCGAGAAGGAAGAUGGCUACCGCUGGAACGCUGUCAGAGGCCUCUGAGGGCGGAGACAAUAAUGAGUUCACUGACAUCAUCAAAACGAGAUCAGAUGAACAUGACGCUGUCCAGAAGAAAACAUUCACAAAGUGGAUCAAUGCUCAGUUCUCCAAGACUGGAAAGCCGGCCAUUAAAGACAUGUUCUCUGACCUGAGAGAUGGAAAAAAACUGCUUGAUCUUCUCGAGGGUCUCACUGGAUCUAAACUGAUUAAAGAGCGUGGCUCCACUAGAGUUCACUCCCUCAACAAUGUCAACAAAGUCCUGCAAGUUCUUCAUCAGAACAGCGUGGAUUUGGUGAAUAUUGGAGGGAGUGAUAUUGUUGAUGGCAACCAUAAACUGACUCUAGGACUCAUCUGGAGUAUUAUACUACACUGGCAGGUUAAAGAUGUUAUGAAGGAUGUGAUGUCCAGCCUUCAGCAGACCAACAGUGAGAAGAUUUUACUGAGCUGGGUGAGAAACUGCACCCGUAGCUAUGACGGCGUCAAUGUGCUCAACUUCACUACCAGCUGGGCGGACGGCCUGGCGUUCAAUGCCGUCCUGCACCACUUCAGGCCUCAUGGGUUCAGCUGGGAGAAAGUAGUUAAUUUAACCCCAGUCGAGAGAUUGGACCACGCGUUCAAGUUUGCCAAAGAUCAGCUCAACAUCGAGAAGCUACUGGACCCAGAAGAUGUGGCUGUGCAGUUACCUGAUAAGAAGUCUAUCAUCAUGUAUGUGACCUCACUCUUCGCUGUGUUACCCAAUGACAUCACAAUGGAUGACAUCAGAGAGGUGGAGACUCUGCCUAGACGCUAUAAGGUGGAGCCAGAGGAAGGGCACACUGUGGCCCCAAUGGGAUUGGCUGGAGAGCCAGAGGGGGCGGGCAGCACUCGGGCAGAGACACCCAGCACUUUGACGGAGAUGGAGAUGGAGGGAGAUCUGGAUGUAAAUCUGGACACGUAUCAGAUCACUCUGGAGGAGGUGCUCACCUGGCUGCUGUCGGCUGAAGACGCACUGCAGAUGCAGGAUGAAGUGUCCGAUGAUGUUGAGGAGGUCAAAGACCAGUUUCAUACGCACGAGUCCUUUAUGAUGGAGUUGACAGCCCAUCAGAGCAGUGUGGGUAACGUCUUACAGGCGGGAAACCAGCUGAUCGCUCAAGGAAACUUGAGUGAGGAAGAGGAGGAGGAGAUCAGAGAACAGAUGACCCUACUCAACUCCCGCUGGGAAAACCUGCGCGUCGCCAGCAUGGAUCGCCAGUCCAGACUUCAUGAGAUUCUGAUGGAACUACAACAACAGCAGCUUCAACAGCUCUCUGAUUGGCUGACACAAACAGAGGGACGGAUCCGAAAGAUGGAGAGAGAACCGAUAGCAGGAGAUGUGGAGGGAUAUCUGGCCCAGAUAGAGCAGCACAAGGUGUUGCAGAAUGACCUGGAGGUGGAGCAGGUGAAGGUGAACUCUCUUACACAUAUGGUGGUGGUUGUGGAUGAGAACAGUGGAGAGAGCGCCACUGCUGCUCUGGAAGACCAAUUACAGUCACUGGGAGAACGCUGGGCAGCGGUGUGUCGGUGGACAGAAGAGCGUUGGAACAAACUCAAGGAAAUUCAGUUGGUGUGGCAGCGGUUACUGGACGACCAGAAUUUGUUUAGCUCCUGGCUUGCAGAGAAGGAGAGAGCAUUAAGUGAAGUUCAGACGUGUGAUUUUAAAGACCCCAGUGAAAUAAACGCCAGCGUUCGCACAUUAGCAAACCUUAAGGAGGACAUGUCUCAAAAGCGGAGGACACUGAGCGCUCUGACAGAUGCUGGGCAAGACGUGAUGGUGUUGUUAAACAGUCCAGCAGCUGCUCAGAAGAUCGAGAAGGACACAGACGUGCUGACCCAGCGCUGGGAUAACCUCGUCCAGACACUGGAGGACUGCUCCAGCCAGGUAACUGAUGUGGUGUCUGUUGCUGGGAUGCAUCAGGUACAGGAGAGGCGGGUUGUCACGGAGACGGUCACAACGGUGACAACACGGAUGGAACAGACCAUCAGCAGCAAUAGGGAGCGGGAGUUACUGCCAUCUGGCCCACCGAAACGAAGACAUCUGGAUACAGACGCAGAGCUCAGGACACUAGCUGAAACUGAUGUUCCUGAGGUUUUGUCACAGCUGGCUGAGUGGAAAUCAUCUGCUCUAGCUGUGAGAGAUUCAUCUGUCAUAAAGGACAAACUACAGGCUCUGGAGGCGGGGCUUGCUGACAAGGAGGGUCCAGUUAAAGAAGUGCUGCAGAAAGGCGAGAAGAUGAUCGAACAGCUGGAGAAAGAGGGUCUGUCUGCAGACGAAGCUCGCUCCCACCUGGAAUCUGUGCGUAAGGAAUGGGUCAUCUGUCAAAACCUCAUCCAGGAUCUGAAGAACCGAGCUCAGGUUCUAGAGCGGGUGGAGUCGGUUCUCUCCGGGAUCAAGGUUGUAGAUGGAGUGCUGCUGGAGAAGGAGAAAUGGUUGAUGUCCACAGAGGGGUUUAAAGAGAAACUCGACCAGCAGGAGCUGCUACAAACACUUAAAGACGAAUGUGAGUGUGGUUUAGCAGAUCUGGUUAAGCUGCAGGCGCAGAUAGACGAUCUUUGCGCUCAGGGGGAACUUCUGAACGCAGAUCCUGGUGUACCUGAUAACCUGAGAUCCAAUCUGACAGUGCUGACAUCACGCCACAGUACAGCCAUUGAAGAACUGAAGACACGACAGCAAGACAUCAGUACAGUAUUGUCCAGGCUCAUGGGCUCCAGAGCUCUGCAGCAGAUGGACUUCAGACUGACAUCUCUCAGAGAUGAUGUCAGAGAUAUACCCACAGCUGAACAAGGAGUCACUAAAACUCAGGCUCUGUGUACCGAGAUAGACUUGCAGCGGCAGAAGGUUUCAGAUCCUGAGGAGCAGCAGUGUUGGACCGAGCUUUCAAGUGCCGCCCAGGAUCAGCUCGGCAUUCUGCAGUGCAUUCUGGGUAGCAUGAAGGACACAAAGGUUAAGAGCGAGGAGGUGGGUCGCUGGUUAGAUGCGGUUGAGGAACUGCUGUCUCGAGACACGAGCGGUCACGGCGACAAACUACAGGAAGAACUCGAGCAGUGCAAGGAGUUUGUUGGUGAGAUGGAGAGCGUGGAGUCGUCUUUGAAGCAGAUGGUAGAGAAUGUUGCAGCCGUGCAGCAGAGUGCAGUACCGAGCCUGACCAGCUGGGGGCAGAAAGAACUGGAUGAGAGUCAGAUGCGCUGGGACUUGCUCAGUAAAGAGCUGGUGAGACGUGAGGAGCGUGUGAGCGAAGGUCAGGAGAAAGUUAUGAACCUGAAGAAGGACGUGGCGGAGAUGCGUGAGUGGAUGAUUCAAGUGGAUGAGGAGUGUCUCAUGAGAGACUUUGACUGUAAGAGUCCAGAAGAGCUGGAGGAGGCACUUCAAGAGAUGAAGAGAGCCAGAGAGGAUGUGUUACAGAAGGAAGUACGGGUGAAGAUUUUAAAGGACAACAUCAAUGCGCUGAUAAGUACGAUGCCUCCCGGUGGUCCGGACCUGAGCGCUGAACUCUCUGAAGUCCUACAAAACUAUCAGAAACUGUGUGAUCGCUUCAAGAGCAAGUGUCACACUCUUGAGGAGGUCUGGUCAUGCUGGUGUGAGCUCCUGCAGUAUUUGGAUGUGGAGUCGGGCUGGAUAAACACGCUGGAGGAGAAAGUUCAGACCACAGAAAAUGUUCCAGAUAGCACCGAAGCUCUGGCUGAAGCUCUGGAGUCUUUGGAAUCGGUUCUUCGUCAUCCGGGUGAUAACCGGACUCAGAUCCGUGAGCUGGCUCAGACUCUCAUUGAUGGAGGCAUCCUGGAUGAACUCAUCACUGAGAAACUGGAGAACUUCAACUCGCGCUAUGAUGAGCAGACUCACCUGGCUGCCAUGCGUCAGAUUUGUCUGGAGCAGCAGUUGGCCAUCCUAAAAGAGAACGAGACAGCUUUACAAACACUACAAACAUCUCUCACACAUAUGGACCAAACGCUCACUUCAUACCUCACAGAUCGCAUCGACGCUUUCCAGCUGCCACAGGAAGCUCAGGCGAUCCAGACAGAGAUUGCUGCUCAUGAAGCAACACUGGAGGAUUUAAGAAAGAGGAAUGUGGGUAAUGUGCCUCCAUCAGCGGCAGAAGGCAAAUCGGUGCGAGGAGGUACACAGCUAGACCAGUUACAGCGGAAACUCCGUGAGAUUAGUACAAAAUUCCAGCUAUUCCAGAAACCGGCUAACUUUGAGCAGAGAAUGUUGGACUGCAAGAGGAUUCUGGAUAAUGCCAAAGCUGAACUUCACGUGCUGGAUCUGAGAGACACCCAACCAGAAGAGAUACAAACCCACCUUACCGGCUGCAUGAAACUGUAUAAGAUCUUGAGUGAAGUGAAACUAGAAGUGGAGACGGUGAUUAAAACAGGCAGACAGAUUGUACAGAAACAACAGACAGACAAUCCUAAAGGCAUGGAUGAGCAACUCACCUCCCUGAAACUACUCUACAAUGACCUGGGAGCUCAGGUGACGGAGGGGAAGCAAGAUUUGGAGAAAGCUCUGUCUCUGUCUCAAAGGCUGCAGAAAGACAGCGCCGCCCUUCAGGCCUGGAUGAAGCAGACCGACACGCAGCUCAAAGAGAAACUCGACACGGGCGACAUGCCCGAAGAUAUCGACGCAGAGAUCGCUUGGGCAAACGGUGUUUUAAAGGAGUCUGAGAGGAAGAAGAACGAUCUGUCUGUAAUAAUGGAGAACAGCGCCGCCCUGCAGGCGUUAGUGGAGGGAAGUGAAGCUCAGCUGGAGGAUAAAUUGUUUGAACUAAAUGAGGAUUGGGAACGUGUGCACACGCUGAUAGAGGAUUGGCUCAGUGCUGUUCUGAAUCACAGAAGUGAAGUGGAGAUGUUUGAUGAAAACCUGGCACACAUCAGCACAUGGCUCUAUCAGACUGAGAUUCGAUUGGAUGAGAUGGAGAAGAUGUCUGCUGCAGAGAGAGAGAGAAUGAUGAAGGCUGUGUUGUGUGAGUUGGAGGGGAUGAGCGUGCGUGUGGACAGUGCACGUGAUCAGGCGGUUAUACUGAUGACCAGCAGAGGGCCUGCGUGCAGAGAGCUGGUGGAGCCUAAACUGGCCGACCUGAACCGAAGCUACCACAAGGUGGCACAACACAUCAGUGCCGCUAAGGUGUCUGCUGGACUUGAGGUCAAACAGGAGGAGGCGCGGACGCAGCAGGAGGUGUUGAGUGAAAGUUCAGCUGCUCCUCUCGCCUCAUCAUCACUACAAGUGUUUGAAUCUGAACUACAGGGUGCUCUCAAAGCCCUCGACCAACAGGACCAUACACACACAACUGAUGAUGACAGGUUGGAUGAGGAGAAAGCUCAUGUUGAGGAGGUGUUAAGGAGAGGUGAGGAGGUGCUGCUGUCUGUUGCCGAUGAGGACAGAAGGAUGGAGAUCCGCAGGAAACUCACACUGCUACAAACACGCUACAAGGAGCUGCAUAUCAUCAGAACUCGGGUAGUUGUUGAAGAAACAAUCGACUCGUUGUCUUCUCCACAGAGAGCCGACUCAUCCCCCUCUCCACCGCAUGAGAGGAGCGUGUCUGUCUCUCCAUCUGACUAUCUGCUGGACAUUAAUAAGGUCCUGUUGGCCAUGGCCGACAUCGAGCUGCUCUUGAACUCUUCAGAGCUGAGCGGAGGACUGUUUGAAGAUUUCUCCAGUCAGGAGGACACACUCAGGAGUAUAAGGGAGAGUCUGGAGCGUUUGGGUGAACAGGUUCAGGUGAUCAAUGAGCAUCAGCCUGAUGUGAUUCCAGAAGCUUCCAGACAGGAGAUGACACAGAUAUCAGAUGCCCUUACACAGCUGAAUUCAGAGUGGGACCGAGUCAACCGUAUGUUCGACCAGAGGAAAGGAUGUUUUGAUCAAGCUGUAGAGGAGUGGCGACAGUUUCACUGUGAGAUGAAUGACCUUUCACAGUGGUUGAGUGAUACUGAACAGAUCCUGGCCGAUGGAGAACUGGAUGUACAGCGCGCCCGUGCACAACAACAGGAUCUAGAGGAGGGUUUGGCGUCUCAUCAGUCUGUUAUGGCGACGUUGAGUCGGUCCGGUCAGCACAUCAUCGGCCAGUUAUCCUCACCUGACAGUGUGCUACUUCAGGAAAAACUGGACGCUUUGAGACAUCGCUGGAUACAGGUCCAGAGACAAGUGUCAGACCGCCAGCGCAGAUUGACGGGUGAAGAUCCAGCGGUGAUGGAGGUCAUUCAGAGGACCGACGGUCUGGCUCAGUGGUUGGAUCAGGCCGAGGUUGCCGUGGCGACAUUGCCCGUGUCCGCCACUGAUAAGAGCCUUAAAGAGCUCAAGGCCCUAACAGAAGAGAUGGAUACACAGAAUGAGACGUUAUCCUGGCUGAAUAAGAGCGGAUCUCAGAUCUUGUCAAACUCAAAUCUUAAUCCUCACGACAGAGACAUUCAUAUGAAUAAACUACGACAGAUAAACAUCAGCUGGAGUCAAGUGAGCGGUGUAUUGCUUGAUAAAGUCCGGGAGGUGGAGGGUCGUCUGCAGACACACAAACAGGUCCAGGACGAGAGCAGACUGAUGUCAUAUGGGCUGUUUCAGGAACGCAUAAGCAGACUUACUGACUGGAUUUACAUCAGCAGCCAAUCACUGAGUGACGUCUCACCCACCGAGAGACAGGUUCUGGAAAUGUCCAUGCGAGAGCAGAAGCGAGAGUUGGAGGACUUGUUGUCUUACUCUAUUGAGCUCCAGAGAAAACAGCUGCUUUCACAGCAGGAUAAGGGCAAAAUUGAACAGUUGGCUUCCGACUGGAAAGCUCUGGACAUCAGAUUGAAGGAGACGCCGCAGCAGCCUUUGUCACCGUGGACUCAACAGGUCACCCAACAACACUUCACAGCGCCGCCUGUGGUUCACAUGGUCAGUGUGAUGAGCGAGGAGCGUCGCCACAGUCCAGAGCUGAUGGCUCCGACCGAUCUCAACCAGACCGCCACAGAGCUGGCAGACUGGCUUCUUCUCAUCCAACAGAUGCUCAAAUCCAACAUCGUCACAGUGGGAGACAAAGAUGAGAUCCUCACCACCAUCAGCCGUCUGCAGGUGACUAAAGGUGAUUUAGAGCAGAGACAUUCUCAGCUGGAGGACAUCAUCACGCUCGCUCAGAACAUCAAAAACAAAACAUCUAACCUGGACGUGAGAACCUCCAUCUCAGAGAAACUGGAGAAAGUUCGCAGCCAAUGGGACGGCACACAGAACGGCGUGGAGGCGCGGCUUCAGCAGCUGGAUCGCAUGAUCGGUCACAGCGACCAAUGGGACGAGCAGAGACGACAGGUGAAGGCUCUGAUCGGUCAAAACGAGAUGCGUUUGCAUAACCUGCUGCAGCCGAGCCGAGAGCCGCUCACCGUACAGAUCGUUGACAACAAGGCGUUCCUGCAGGAGCUCGGUCGUGGACAAGAGAGCGUGACUUCAUUCAACGAGUUGUCCAAUCAGCUGCUGCGGGAAUAUGCCUCUGAUGACACACGAAGGGUCAAAGAAGUCAUGGACAAAUUCAACAAUUCCUGGAACGGCAUCAAUAACAGGGCGUCGGACCGCCAGGCGGCUUUGGAUUCGGACCUAAAGACUCUGCAGGUGUCUCUUCGAGAGCUGGAGUCUUUUCUUAAAUGGCUACAGGAGGCGGAGACUACAGUUAACGUGUUAUCUGACGCUGCCCAGAGGGAGGGGCUCUCGCAGGACUCCGCCCACAUCAAAGAACUGAAAGGUCAACUCGGGGACAUCCAGGCGGAGAUUGAAGCUCAUAAUGAUGUGUUCAGGAAUGUGGAGGGGAAUAAGUUAAGGAUGGUGAAGGCUCUGGGGAGUUCAGAUGAAGCUGUAUUCCUCCAACAGAGACUGGACGACAUGAACCAACGCUGGAACGAUCUCAAAGCCAAAUCUUCUAACAUACGUGCUCAUCUGGAGGCCAGUGCUGAACGCUGGAACAGACUUCUGUCGGUACUGGAGGACUUGAGCCGCUGGAUCAGUGUGAAAGAUGAAGAACUGAACAAACAGAUGCCCAUCGGAGGAGAUGUGCCAACACUACUGCAACAACAGAACCACUGCACAGCUCUGAGGGCGGAGCUCAAGGAGCGUGAGUAUUUAGUACUCAGCACAUUGGACCAGGCACGCAUGUUUCUGGCUGACCAGCCAAUCGAAGGACCAGAGGAGCCACGCAAGAACCUGCAGCUUAAAACGGACCUGAGCCCAGAGGAGAAGGCCCAGCGGGUGGCUAAAGCGAUCCGUAAGCAGACGGCGGAGGUUGGUGAGCGCUGGGAGAGGUUGAUGGGACAUGUGGGCACCUGGCAGGAUCAGGUGGAGAGAGCUCUAGAUAAACUUCAGGACCUCCAGAGCUCCAUGGACCAGCUGGACCUCCGUCUAGCCCAGGCUGAGGAGCUAAAAGCAGGCUGGCAACCCGUGGGAGAUCUUCUCAUAGAUUCCCUACAGGACCAUAUCGACAGAACCACGGCGUUUCGUGAGGAGAUAACUCCUCUCAAACAGGACGUCCGAGCUGUGAAUGAACUGGCAGGUCAGUUGGCACCACUGGAUGUUCAGCUGUCCUCCACCACAAACCGCCAGCUGGACAACCUCAACAUGCGCUGGAAACUACUGCAGGCAGCUGUAGAGGAUCGGUUAAAGCUCUUGCAGGAAGCACACAGGGAUUUUGGUCCAUCUUCUCAACACUUCUUAUCCACUUCUGUCCAGACGCCCUGGCAGAGAGCCGUGUCUCAGAAUAAAGUGCCCUACUACAUCAAUCAUCAGAACCAGUCCACGUGCUGGGACCAUCCCAAGAUGACCGAGCUCUAUCAAUCCCUUUCUGACCUCAACAACGUGCGAUUCUCUGCAUACAGAACGGCCAUGAAGAUCCGGCGUCUACAGAAAGCGCUCUGCCUGGACCUGUUGGAUCUGAAUGUGGCUCAGUCGAUGUUUCAGCAGCAUAAGUUGACCGUAAACUCUCAGCAGCUGACGGUUCCUGAGGUCAUCAACUGUUUGACGUCAAUCUAUGAUGGUCUGGAGCAGGAACACAAAGAUCUGGUCAAUGUCCCACUGUGUGUGGACAUGUGCCUUAACUGGCUGCUCAACGUCUAUGACACGGGUCGCAGUGGAAAGAUCCGCGUUCUGUCCAUGAAGAUCGGCCUACUCUCUCUUUGCAAGGGUCACCUGGAAGAAAAAUACAAAUGUUUGUUCAAUCAGGUGUCUUCAGCGGGUGGUACGUGUGACCAGAGGCAGUUGGGUCUUCUGCUCCAUGAUGUCAUUCAGAUCCCUCGACAGUUGGGUGAGGUGGCGGCCUUCGGCGGGAGCAACAUUGAGCCCAGCGUGCGGAGCUGCUUCCAGCAUGGGACCAAUAAGGUGGAGCUUGAGCCGGGACAUUUUGUUGAUUGGAUGAGAUUGGAGCCGCAGUCCAUGGUUUGGCUUCCGGUUCUACACAGAGUGGCCGCGGCGGAAACGGCCAAACAUCAGGCCAAGUGUAAUAUCUGUAAAGAGUUCCCUAUCGUCGGCUUCAGAUAUCGUAGCCUGAAGCAUUUCAACUAUGACGUGUGUCAGAGUUGUUUCUUCUCUGGUCGUACAGCGAAGGGUCAUAAACUGAACUAUCCUAUGGUGGAGUACUGCACACCGACCACCUCAGGAGAAGACAUGAGAGAUUUCACCAAAGUCUUAAAAAACAAGUUUCGCUCCAAGAAGUAUUUCGCAAAACAUCCUCGCCUGGGAUACCUGCCCGUCCAGACGGUCCUAGAAGGAGACAACAUGGAAACUCCGGUCACUCUCAUCAGCAUGUGUCCAGAGGAGUAUGAGCUGUCCUCAUCUCCACAACUUCCUCAUGAUGACACACAUUCGCGGAUAGAGCAUUUCGCCAGCAGGUUGGCACAGAUGGAGAGAUCCAACGGCUCUCUGCCGACAGACACCAGCUCAGCCACGGGAAGCAUGGACGAGGAGCACGCUUUAAUUCUGCAGUACUGUCAGACUUUAGGAGGGGAGGGAUCAUCCUAUAGCCAACCCCAAAGCCCUGCCCACAUCAUCAGAAGCCCCGCCCCUGAUGUCCACAGCCCCUCCUACAUACUUCAGAGCCCCGCCCAGAUUCUGCAAGCAGUGGAGCGGGAGGAGCGAGGAGAACUGGAGCGAGUCAUAGCUCGACUGGAGGAGGAGCAGCGGUGUCUUCAGAAAGAGUACGAACAGUUGCGGCAGCAGCACGGGCAGACCGGUGCGGGAGCCGUAGCUGUUAGCGGGACACCCGAUGAAGCUGACCUGUUAGCCGAAGCUAAACUCCUGAGACAGCAUAAGGGACGACUGGAGGCUCGCAUGCAGAUAUUAGAGGAUCAUAACAAACAGUUAGAGUCCCAACUCUACCGACUACGCCAACUACUGCAUCAGCCUGAGUUAAAUGGCACGUCCUCUAGUUCUCUUCAUCCGGAUUCAAGUGGACAAACCGAUUUCGCAGAUGAGUUUCUGGAUGAAUGUGCUAACAUAAGCUCUGAUCUGACUGAGGUUAUGGAACAGAUUAACAACAGUUUUCCUGCAUGCUCUCCAUCAAGUGUGUCCUCCAGACCCAAGGUGAUGUGAAGGUUGUCCACAGGAACUCCCUUUGAGGAGCAGACAUUUUUUCAGAGCUCCACAUUAAAUCGACGUGACAAUAUUGCCAUUCCAGAGAUGGAGAUUUCCAGCUGUUUCCUAGACUGAGAUGGACCCAAAGACUGGACCAUAACAUUCAUUUUAAUGGCUAUUAAUACUGCGUCUGUCUCUGUACUAUGCAAUUGUACAUUUGAUUAACAUGUAGAUUGUACGUGAGGUGUAUUUGCCCAUUGUUUUAAUAUUCCAGUGAUUAUUUAGGGUUAUGGGAGUCAUUUAUUCGGUAUCCUGUAUGCUUUUCUUUUGCGUUCACCAGGAACAAGAGUGUUGUCACAUAAACAGUUUGCAUUAUUUUCUUUGUUAAAUCAGCACGCAUUAUCUUUCUACAGAUAUUAGAGAGGUUGUUAGUUUAGUCCGAAAGCUUCAUAUGUGUCAGUGAAUAUGAAGACGAAACAUGUUUUACGUCGUUGCGUUAAAAUUUCAGCCUGUUUUUUUUUUGUUCUUGCCAGUGUUUGCUGUAACUCUUUAAAUUAUCUUUUCCACAAUGUUUGUCGUGUGUUUGAACAGUCACUGCAUUUCCACAAUGCACGCACAGAUGUCAUUAAUGUUCAGAUGCAUCAAAAACACCCUUUUGUGCCUAUAAAGCAUCCAUUCCAGGAGACGAGCGGGCGAUAGAUGCCGUAAUCCUCAUUGGAUCAUGUAGAAAGAUUAUAUUAUUAAAAGAUGUUGGACAUUUCUAGGAUGUUUGGCCCAAGAUGAUUUAUCUUUGUGUAGUAUAGUUUUAUAAAUAAAUGUUUUAAAAAAUUAGAAGUAAGCCAUGAUUGCCUUGCUACCUCAGAUAUCAUCCUUCGUUCAUUGGUUCAUUAGCGUGAAAUGUUUUCAUCUGGUCCAAAACGUUGCUCCUGUUAUGUGAGUAAUCUGCCCUGAAGACUAGGUUGUGCUUAUAUUUUUCCAAAUGUCCUUUUCACGUUUCUACAUUGGUGUAUUUGUGUCGCGCUAUACCGUCAAUGAAGCGUUACAAUUUAGCGUUACUGUAACAUCUGCAAAACGUUGAUUCUGACCUGUUAAAGUCUUAACGUCACCGAUGCUGUGCUGUUCUGACCCGACAUAGAUCGAUUAAACCCACCACACUACAUGUAAUGAGGUUUCAUGUUUUAUUCCAAAUAAAGCUUUUAUAAUGAA